AUGGAAGAAUACAAAAUAUUGCCCAUUCCCGUUUGCCCAGCGGAAGAUUGUUCAGGAAAAGCAUCUGAGGUGGAUGAGUCCAAUCUGUGCGACGGUAUAUGUAAAAAAUACGUGGAAGAAGGCAAAUACAUAACGACAAGUUGCUGUCAAGCAAAAAUAUGCUCCGCUUGUUUCGAGACUAUUUCCGGUCGUAAAUAUUCAACAGGUGUUGAAGAAAGGUGUCCUUCUACUGAAUGCCUUAGACAUGCUGACAUAGCUCGAUGCCAAGCUGAAGUCAAAUGUAAAAACUCGCCAAUUAGUGGAUUCCCGUCAAAAGAUGAAUGCGAACACGCUAUGUGCAUUCAAUGCCUGGAGAAGAUGAUCGAUAACUGUGAAUCUGCUGGUUAA